AUGGCAGCACGAGGCAAAUACAACGUCGGCAUUAUCGGAUAUGGCUUGAGUGCUAAGAUCUUUCAUAUCCCUUUCGUGAAUGCGGUUCCGGAUUUCAAUCUCUAUGCAAUCGUACAGAGAAGACCGAAGCCAGAUGAUGAUGCGAGCAAGGACUGGCCCAAUAUCAAGGCAUAUCGAUCCACGGAGGAGAUGGUGAAUGACGACCAGGUCCACGUUAUUGUCGUCACGACUGCGCCGGAGUCACAUCUUGAACUGGCGAAGGCGGCUCUGUUGGCAAACAAGCAUGGUAUUCAUCCUUUCCGCCACUUCUAUCUCAACAGAUCUUUAUUUACUAAUCGUUUGUUCAAAGUUGUUGUUGAAAAGCCGUUUACGCCCACAUCAGCUGAAGCACAGGAACUCGUCGAUCUGGCCAAAGCUCAAAACAAAAUCCUUACCGUCUACCAGAACCGACGGUGGGAUUCGGACUUUCUGACCUUGAAGAAGUACAUUGAGGACGGCACAUUGGGCCGCAUAGUCGAGUUCGAAACUCACUUUGAUCGCCAUCGACCGGAGCCGCCAACGGAUAACUGGAAGGCAUACCAUGCACCUGGCACUGGUGCGAUAUAUGACCUAGGGACUCACCUGAUGGAUCAAGUCGUCUGCUUGUUCGGCAUGCCGAAGAGGGUUACUGGGUUCGUCGGGUCACAGCGAGAAGUGAAUACCACAGGGUUGGAGGACUCUUGUACGGUGCUGCUACAUUAUGACAGUCCCAAGAUGUUGGUCACGGUCAAAGCUGGCGUCGUCAGCCCGGAGGUGAACCAACUGAGAUACUGGGUCCGCGGCGACAAGGGAUCAUUCAAGAAGUUUCACCUCGAUCCACAGGAGGAUCAGCUGCGGAAGGAAGGCUUGAGACCCGGCGAUAAAGGCUAUGGGAUUGAGAGCGAGGACAACUAUGGGACAUUGAAUGUUUGCAAAGAUGGUAAGGUUAUCAGUCAGGUUGCUCCAACCGUCGAGCCUGCGACAUACACGGAGUACUACCGGCGUCUUGCUGCUGCGCUGAGUGGAGAUGUUUCUCAGGUUCCCGUUGCUCCUGAGCAGGCAGUGGGUGUCAUAAGGCUGGUUGAACUCGCUCGUGAAAGCUCACAGUUGGGACGGACUUUGUCUGUGUGA